ACGGGAAUAGUGCGGUAGCCAGAAUUAACAAGGUUAUUUCCCUUUUUUAAAAAAUCACCAUUUGUAGCAACGAAAGGAAAAAUAGAAAUAAUUUAUUUGUACUGAAACAUGAAGACUUGUUGACUUCUUGGUUUCACUAUCAGGAGUAAGCUGUGAUUGAAACAUUAAACAUUAAAAACUGAAUAAAAAUGGAAGUAGUGAAUGAAAGUCUUGCAGACAGGUUAAAUAGAGAAGCUGAAGGUGGAAAUGCCAAGGUUAGCAGAGCUGCAGAUAGAAGUACUGAAUCAGGGCUGAAUAGUGAUGUUCACAUUCUAAAUGAAGAUGCAGAAAGUGAGGACACUAAACCUGUUUAUAGUGAUGAAAAACAAGACUAUGAUAAUAUUGAUGUAACACUGAAAAAUGAAAACAAAGUUUUAUCAGAAGAAAUGACUGACACAUGUACUGAUUUCCCCAAAUUUUUAGGAGUGGAAGAUAGUAAAUGUGAUAGUAGUAAUGUAACAGUUGAGAAAAGAACUGAAAUCCAUCAAGAUGGUGAAAGCUGUAUAAAUGGGCAUAGUUCAGAUACAGAAGUUUGUCAAACAAGAAGUGAAAAUGCAAAAGACAGCGAGGGAGAUAAUCCCAUCACAGCAGAUGAUGAUAGCUGUAACAUACAUAGUUCUGGUGCAGAAAUAGAGCAAACAGAUGAUAAGGGAGAUAAUGAGGAUUUGUUUGUUGACUUAAGCGAAGAUUCUGGGUCCGAUGCAGAGUAUGAAUCAGCAGAGGAGGGGGAAGAAAUACAGGUGGAUAAAGAAAAUUUACAAGAACUGGAAAACGCCCUUACUGAUGAAGAAAAAGAGGAACGGAGAAAUUCAGCACAGACGUUGAAGGAAGAAGGCAAUGAUUUGUUCCGAUGUGGGAGCUACAAAUCAGCAAUACGUACUUAUUCGCGUGCUUUACGGACAUGUCCUCUCAAGUAUGCCAAGGAUAGGGCAAUCAUGUACUCGAACAGAGGAGCAUGUAAGAUGAGAUUGGAAGACUUGGAGGAGUCUAUAAGGGACUGCAGUAAAGCUCUUGAUUUACAUCCACAUUACAUGAAAGCCCUGAUGAGGAGAGCAGAGCUGUAUGAAAAAACUGAGAAGUUAGACGAGGCCCUGGCUGACUACCAGAAAAUUCUGGAACUCGAUCCAUCACAGCAUACUGCUAGGGCAGCUUGUGUGAAACUUCCAGAUCAAAUUAAAGAAAGAAAUGAGAAGUUGAAGGAGGAGAUGAUGGGUAAGCUAAAAGACCUAGGAAAUAUGGUAUUACGACCUUUCGGGCUUUCAACAAACAACUUUCAGAUGAAGCAAGAUCCCACAUCUGGAGGUUAUUCUGUGAACUUUGUGCAAAAUCCAGAACAGAAAUAAUACAGUAAAUGCUCAGAAGUUAACAGAUGUUAAUUUAUUGAAGUUUGUUAGGAAUAGAAAAGGUUCUACAUAAAACUGUGAUAAUGCAAGUCUGUUUAUGUAUAAGUGUUUAAAAACACAUAGGUCAAGUUUGCAGACUGAUUUCUAAAAACACAUAGGUCAAGUUUGCAGACUGAUUUCUAAAAACACAUAGGUCAAGUUUGCAGACUGAUUUCUAAAAACACAUAGGUCAAGUUUGCAGACUGAUUUCUAAAAACACAUAGGUCAAGUUUGCAGACUGAUUUAUUAUAGCCCUUAUCAUGCUAAAUACGAUUGAUCUUGCCUUUGUGACCAGUGUAGAUCAUGAUCAGCCUGCACAUCCAUGCAAUCUGAUCAUGAUCUGCACUGUUCGUCAUUCAGUCUGUGUUUAUUUUGGUAAGCACGCCUUUAAACAGUUAAUUGUACUGUCCAAAGUGAAAGAUGGACAUGUUCAUUAUAAAAAUUUAGCAGGGUAAGGGUUAAUAUGCCUAAAUUUCAUUUUACUGCAUGGUAACUAAUGACAAAAUGAACUUUUUUUGUAUAUAAAUAACUGCAUGUUAGUUUGAAAGUAAUACACUUUCUUAGUGUACAAUUAACCACAGUAUAAUUUCUUUUUUUAGCUCAUCUGAUUUUUGGAAAAAAAAUGAGUUCUUGUCAUCACUUGAUCGGCGUUGACGUUGCCUGGUUAAGUUUUAUGUUUUGGUCAGCUUUUCUCCUAAACUAUUAAAGGUAUUGCUUCGAAACUUGCAACACUUGUUCACCAUCAAUAGCUGACCCUGUAUAGUAAGAAACAUAACUCCAUCCUGCUUUUUGCAAGAAUUAUGGCCCCUUUUGGACUUAGAAAAUAUCAGAUUUCUUGGUUAAGUUUUAUAUUUAGGUCAACUUUUCUCCUAAACUAUCAAAGCUAUUGCUUUGAAACUUGCAACACUUGUUCACCAUCAUAAGCUUACCCUGUACAUCAAGAAACAUAACUCCAUCCUGCUUUUUUCAAGAAUUAUUGCCCCUUUUGGACUUAGAAAAUCAGAUUUCUUGGUUAAGUUUUAUGUUUAGGUCAGCUUUUCUCAUAAACUAUCAAAGCUAUUGCUUUAAAACUUGCAACACUUGUUCACCAUCAUAAGCUGACCAUGUUCAGCAAGAAACAUAACAUCUGUCUUGCUUUUUGCAAGAAUUAUGGCCCCUUUUGGACUUAGAAAAUAUCAGAUUUAUUGGUUAAGUUUUAUGUUUCGGUAAACUUUUCUCCUAAACUAUCAAAGCUAUUGCUUUGAAACUUGCAACAGUUGUUACCAUCAAAAGCUGACUCUGUACAUCAAGAAACAUAACUCUAUCCUGCUUUUUGCAAGAAUAUUGGCCCUUUUGGAUUUAGAAAAUCAUGGGUAGGAAAAUUUUUCUAUUAUACAAAAAAAUCAGAUGAGUGUCAGCACCCACAAAGCGGUGCUCCUGUUUAUUAUACACCCGAAGGGAUGUAUUAUGUUAUACCCCCGGUGUCCGUCCAUCUGUCUGUCUGUCACUCCGUCCGUUAGCAAUUUCGUGUCCGCUCUGUAACUCUUGAACCCCUUGAAGGAUUUCAAAGAAACUUGACACAAAUGUUCACCACACCGCGAUGACGUGCAGAGCGCAUUUUUUGGAUGUCUCGCUUCAAGAUCAAGGUCACAUUUAGGGGUCAAAGGUCAUAUCAGUUUGUUUCAUGUCUGCUCUGUAACUCUUGAAUUGCUUGAAGGAUUUCAAAGAAACAUGGCACAAAUGUUCACCACACUGAGAUGAGCUGCAGAGCGCAUGUUUCAGAUGACUUGCUUCAAGGUCAAGGUCACACUUAGGGGUCAAAGGUCAUAUAUGACUGUUUUGUGUAUAUUGCUCUGCAUUGCAGUGCUCUUUUUUUUAUUUGGUAGAUCCCUUUUUUGUUCACUUACAAUAUUUUUUUUUGAAUUACUUCCCUUUUAUGUUACUAUGAAUAGCCAAUUUUGAAACUUUUUUAUUAUUGGCCGUAGGGAAAAACCGGGACCACUUUUCUGUGGUACAACAUGGGUGGUACCUCCAAUUUUUAGGUGUAUUUUGACAUACCUGUACCUGGUUAGGAUAUUUUUGUGGACUUAGCAUAUUUUUUUGGAAUUUCAUCCCUUUGCUGUUCCUGUCCUUUGGGCUUCAACAGUCAAGUUCUUUAAAUUUUGCUCCCAUCCUCUGAUGUAACCCUACGGGCGUAUAUUGCCCUGCUUGGCAGAGCUCUGGUUUAUCAGUGCAUCUCUACUUGGUCAGUUUUUAUAUUUGACCAGGCUGGAUACAUUUGGUGAGGAUUCUGUACAUUUUAAUUUGUAAUGAAUUUUCAAUGAAAGAUAGGUAUAGUAUAUCUUUGUUUGUUUUAAAUAAACUUGUGCUUUAUGUUUAGUCUGUUGGAUUUUUAUCAGUCAGAAUCAAGCCUUUGUUAUGUUUUGAAAUUUUUGUUGCAUUUAUAUUUGAUUUAUAUGCCACUGAAGGCCCAUAAAUAGUUAAUAAAAUAACAAAUUACAAGAGCAUGCUUGAAUAUUUGAAAAAACUGUUGCAUCCUUUUACAUAGUACACCUUACAUAGUAAAGCAUUAUCAACUUUUCUAAGUUAAAAUGGUAUGUGGGGUUUGUGUGUGUUUGGGGUGUGUGUGUGUCGGGGGCUUCAGAUUUAUGCUGAAGAAUUUGAAAGCAUUCAGUCCAGUAGACCCUGUAUGCAGUUUAGGAACAACUUGUCUAGUGUAUUUUGAGACAGCAGUUUACAUGCACAACUUUUACCAAAAUGUAGGUUUAAAAGGAGCAUAUUGUUGACAGAAAAUGGAAACUGAAGAGAUGUAAUGCCCUAUGAGAUUAUCCCACAAUGCCAAAAAGUUGUGAGGACUUCAAAAGUACUAGUUAGUAGUUCCUAAAAACCUGAGCACAUGCAAAACUUGUAAGUUAAAGCGAGUGUGUGGGGGUGGGGGUGCAGUUCAGACAAAAUGUAAGUCAGAUUGAUACUUGCCACUCGAAGUCAUUUUAUGUCAAGGACGGUAGUGCAGUUUGAAAUAUUUGGUCAUGUUAAUUCUGAGAAACCUGCUUAUUUGCAAAACUUGUAUGACACUGAUGCCAAAGAUAGGCUGACAGCAAUAUCUCUGCUAUUAUGAAAAAUUAAAAAAAAAGUAUACCUAAUUGAAUGGUUAAAGCUGUGAAACUAAUCCUGUUUCUUUUCUUUUUGUUCCCUUGUUUGAGAAAUAUGCUCAAAGCUUUUAGAUAUAAGAGGGAAUCUGAAAUUACCUCUUGCUUUGGAGAGUGUUGAUAGCAGAGAAUAAGGUCUUGGUUGUAAUGUUACAUGGAUGGCUAGUUACCUUGUAGAUAUUUUAGUGUACCCAGAAAGGCAAGUUGAGAAUGGUUUAGGGUACUGGUUGUAAGUAUUAACCUUAGCCUGCUGGUGGCAAGUGAUUCUGCCUUUGCGACCAGUGCAGACCAAGAUCAGCCUGCAAGUUCUCUGUAUUGCUAUCUAUCCAUGUGUUAAGUUUCAUGAAAAGUAUAUUAUAAUUUUUUAAGAUAUGACAAAAUUCAAUAAUGCUUCCCCAUAUAUGGGGAAAUAUAUUGAAAAUCUUAAGAGUUUAGAGUAAGAAGACAAGAAGUCGGGGCAGAAAGUGCAUAAUUGAGCCGCACCACGAGAAAACCAACAUAGUGCAUUUGCGACCAGCAUCCACGCAGUCUGGCCAGGAUCCAUGCUGUUCGCUUUUAAAGACUAUUGGUCAGAGACCACCAAUUCAAAAAAAAGUACAGGGAAUUUACUGGGAAUGAGGUAAGUGUAUACCUGGGAAUAAGGUAAUGUCUGUGUGUUCUGAUUGGUCAGUCAUGUAAACAAACGCAGGAAGUGAUUAUUUUUUUCAAAAUUGAUAUUUUUUUUACUGCAUUUACAGUAUUUCAUUAUACAUUUUGACAAAAUUUGCUACAUUUUAUGUGUAUUGAAAAAAAGUUUUAUCGAAUGAAUUUCUCCCGACAUGACAAUGAUGUAAACGGGGUCGUCUCAUUCACACGAAAAUUACUUAAAUAAAGUAUCACCAUAUGUUUUUCACCCGAUAUUUUGGUAGAACUAAGAUAGCUCUUCAAAAACUUGUAAUUAGAUAUACAUGUUUCGAUGUAUUGAAGGCCGUACACACCAUAGUGUUACAAUGUAAGUCUGGGGGAAAAUAAUUGGUAGUCUCUAACCUAUUGCAAUUAGAGAAACCGUAAGCGAACAACAUGGAUCCUGGCCAGACUGCGCGGAUGCACAGGCUGGUCUGGAUCCAUGUUUGUCAAAAAUGCACUAUGUUGGUUUUCUCAUGGUGUGGCUCAUAUAAGACUCCAAGUUCAUGCCAAUUCCAAAUUUUGUUAUGCAAAUUUUACUCAGAUUUGGAUUUUGAGCAGAUCUUUACAAAUUUAGUACAUGUAGUAUGAUGUGAUGUUAUUUUAUUAAGAUGUGCAAUUCCUGUCAAGUUUUGAUGUAGAAAUAUUAUAUGAUCAAUGUAAAGUAAUU